CCCUCCUGGUCUCAGAGGACCCUGUCCUAGCCCGACCUGUUUCGGCCUGCAGCCCACGCGAAGUCGUCGGUGCCACUUCCCGCUCAUGUGGGCCCCCGCGGGCUGCCCACGCCAGUCCCCCAGUUCCCGGUUCCGCUGGGCUUUCCCUUCUCUGGGGGUGGCUUUCUGAGCCACCCACUCCGUGCUCAUCUCUGCAGCCUCUCCUGCCGCUCGGGGCCCCCAUUCCCCCUCCCUGCGGCGGGGGGCUGCCCCCGGGGGGCUGGCGGAGCUGGGCCGCGGGGGCCCCGGGGCCGGCGGUGCCGGGGUCAUCGGGAUGAUGCGGACGCAGUGUCUGCUGGGGCUGCGCACGUUCGUGGCCUUCGCCGCCAAGCUCUGGAGCUUCUUUAUUUACCUUUUGCGGAGGCAGAUCCGCACGGUAAUUCAGUAUCAAACUGUUCGAUAUGAUAUCCUUCCCUUAUCUCCUUUGUCCCGGAAUCGACUAGCCCAGGUGAAGAGGAAGAUCCUGGUGCUUGAUCUGGAUGAAACCCUUAUUCACUCUCACCACGAUGGGGUCCUGAGGCCUACAGUGAGACCUGGAACACCUCCCGAUUUUAUCCUCAAGGUGGUAAUAGACAAACAUCCUGUCCGGUUUUUUGUACAUAAGAGACCCCAUGUGGAUUUCUUCUUAGAAGUGGUAAGCCAGUGGUAUGAGCUUGUGGUGUUCACAGCAAGCAUGGAAAUUUAUGGCUCUGCUGUGGCAGAUAAACUGGACAAUAGCAGAAGCAUUCUUAAGAGGAGAUACUACAGACAGCACUGCACUUUGGAGUUGGGCAGCUACAUCAAAGACCUCUCUGUGGUCCACAGUGACCUUUCUAGCAUCGUGAUCCUGGAUAACUCCCCCGGGGCUUACAGGAGCCACCCAGACAAUGCCAUCCCCAUCAAAUCCUGGUUCAGUGACCCCAGUGACACAGCCCUUCUCAACCUUCUCCCAAUGCUGGAUGCCCUCAGGUUCACUGCUGAUGUCCGAUCGGUGCUGAGCCGAAACCUUCACCAACAUAGGCUCUGGUGACAGCUGCUCCCCCUCCACCUGAGUUGGGGUGGAGGGGAAAGGGAGGGAGAGCUCUUGGGAUGGCAUCUGUUGCCCUGUCCAAUGUGAGGACUGCCUGGGCAGAGUCUGCCCCUCCCACCCCUCUCUGCCCUGGGAGCCCUACACUCCGAUUACGGAGUCUGGAUGGACACAUGGGCCAGACUGUGAAGCAGCCUCACUCUUUGUGUUCACACUCCGUGGAAAUGCCAGAUUGGGACAGGCGAAGGCCUAGAGGAGCCGAAACGGUCUGGUGAAGAGGCAGGACUGGCCAGAGUGACAGACAUAUCCCAGAGGCUCAAAAGAAGCCAAUUCAACUUUGUUGUGAUUUGAUUUUUUAAAAACUCUUAUACAAAACUGAUCUAAUUCUUCACUCCUGCUCCAAGGGCUGGGCUGUGGGUGGGGACUGGGAUUUUGGGCCACUGGAUCUUCCUCAGACUUGUCCCUCCCUUACUUUUCCUCUUUUUUUUCUUUCCCCUAUACCCCGAUACCUGUAAUCAGCUCCUUUCUUCCUUCCUCUUUUAAACCAUGCAUUAUAACUUUGAAACCAAA